GACGAUGCUUGAAUCAGUGUUGCUGGGGAGUUCGAAGAGUGAGGAUUGUCGUUGUGUUGUGUCAGAAAAAUAUACAUUUUAUUUUUUUUAAAUUUUAGAUGAGUUUAGAAAUAUAUAUCACGAAAACAGAAAAGGCUGACGGGAUAUAUAAUUUCGUAAGGAAGACAUUUUGGUUUCGAUGCAUUAUCUCAGUGUAAGGUCCUUUAGUUAUAUCGGCAUUUUUUAUAUACUGAUCCUUAUCCCAAUGCCGCCGGGUAUGAGUGUACGUACGUGCUAUGCCCACCGUUUUGUGUUUCAUCCGCGUGGAGUCCGUUCUCAUGGCACAACUCAUGACCUUGUUUUUGCUGGGAGCUUUCCAUUGUUCGUCGGGAAUCGUCAUAACAGUUGACAGAACUACCCCAAGCCCGACAGAGAUCGAGCGGUGUCGGAGUAAAAUCGCGACUGUGCCACAGCUGAACCUGACCCGCCAUCACAUGUCCAGACCACACUACAGCAUCGUCCCCGGGGUUCCGGAAAUCACGAUCGAGAGGCCAGACGUUCUCGAACACUCUCCAAGCUCCUCGGAAACCACAUCCGAAGAGUCACGCAUAUACCUGUCCUCUACGCCCUUGCAAGCUAAGCCCAAACUUGCAACGUUGCCCGAGGAGCCACGCCUGCUUUCUUAUGCAGGUAGUCCGUUGACCACACUUCUAACGCCCAUGGUGACGACAUCUUCGACAGUGCUAUGGACUUCCCCUUCGUCCAUUGAACCUCUCACGCCCACAUGGUACAUCACAAGCCCACCGCCCACUCCUCUCACGGUUCACACGCCUACGGAACCAACCGUAAAUGUAAACACACAGUAUCUCUCUUAUACAACCAAACCGUAUGAGACAAACAAACCUACACUUCUUACAAGACAAGCGGACAAAGAGCACUUAGUCACUCAUCUGGCCCUUGAGAAACCCAAGCAGCUAGAGAGAACGACGGCAGCCACACAACCUACCCUUUUAUAUUCUACAAUACCCGUUGUGAGGAGACAUAGGUCAGGGGAGCCUGCUGCCGUACGCCCGGCUCUGCAAGAGAUGGAGAAGGAGCUGACCGACUUGCUGAGGGUGCAGAUACCGCAACUGCUGACAGAUGACAUUGCUGAUGCCCUUAACAUGUCAUACCGAGCCCGCUUCCACUUCGCCAACCACGAGAUGGUGGACAAACUACUUCAGCAGGAAUCUCUCGCACCAAGCUCCCUCCCCGGAGAGUGUCCUAUGCGGUAUUACGAGCGUAGGAUCAACCUGCUGAAGAGGUUGGUGGGCCUCCUCCUCCUCGUCUUUCCGCAUUCGCUUCAGGAGCUGGAGGGAGCAGCCUGGGACGAAGACCUGGAAAAUAAUUUCUUCAGGCCCGGAGAAAAGAAUAUCCUAGACAUCCAAUACUGCCGACACUGUUACGCGAAAGACAGCCGUGGAAGAUGUCGAGAGAUUUUCUUCUGCAAAUCCGGCUUUGUUGCUCCCAAGAGGAUUGGCUUGUCGGCAGAGGAAAAGGAGCGUCUCCUGGCUCUUGGUUGAGAGUGUGUGUAUGCGUGCUUGUAUGAGUGCGGGCGUCUUUGCGUUAGAGUGUGUAUGUGUGUAUGUGUGGCUAUGUGGAUAUGUUUCAUUUUGGGAUGUUAAAUGUAACGAUUUUUUUUAAUGGGUUCAUUUUCUGAGAGUGAAUGUUUAAUGUCAUCACGCAAUCUACAUUUAGUAUCAGAAAUCCAUUUUGAUUUCUUUUAAUCUUUAGAUACGUUAUAAACAAAGAGUGAUGGGUCAUUUCCUGUAAAGAAAUUACAAUUUAUAUUUUAUAUACAACGCUGUAUUUCAGUGCGAUUCUUUGAGUACAUUAACUAACUGUUAAUUUAUAUUUCUUAAAUAAUCAAUAUCACAUUUUUUUGUGAUACGUUCACGUUGUUUAUGAUAUAGGUAUACCAACCUCAUAUUUAUAUGUAUAAAAAUAAAACAUGGAAAAUUUCAAAUAGAA